CCUCUCGCGCUAGCUCGCGGCUGUCUUCUCCUACCAACUCCCUUGCGUCUCUCGCGCCGCACUUGAGCCAGACAUGGGUGUGGCGGUGGCCGGGAGGAAGCUUGCCGCGCUGCCAGCGCUCGGGUGGUGGCUCGUGGUGGUCGGCGCCGUCCGCCUCGGCUUCGCCUGGUCCGGCUUCUUCGACGCCCGGGCGGUCCGCGCCGGCACCUACUCCGGCACGCACGUGACCGAUGUACACGGCCGCACCGUCGGCGUGUGGACGCUCCUGUCCUGCACGCUCUGCUUCAUGUGCGCCUUCAACCUCGACAACAGGCCGCUCUGCGCAGCGACUCUCCUGUCCUUCGUCUACGCCUACGGCCAUUUCGUCGUGGAGUACCUGGUUUACCGUACCAUCACCGCAGCAAGCCUCGGCACUCUCGGCUUCUUUGCCGUCCCGUCGAUCAUCUGGACGAUAUUCCAUUGGAGGAACGCUCUUGGCCACCACCGCGCUGCGACCAAGCAGUCGUGAUUCGUGAGCCCGUCGGACUAUUUACUGUUACCGGCUCGUCAGUUGACGGAAGCUUCCUCCCAUGCCAUCGAAUAAAUCUCGCAGCAAAUUCAGUUUUAUGCUAUAUGAUAGUACUGUACCUUUUUUUUUUAUUGUAACCCUGUUAUUCCAUCCAUGAAAUAAAGAGUUACAAUACUUGCACAGUUA